UCGUUUUAUCGGGUUGUGUGAGAUCUACUGCAACACUUCAGUCACAAAAGCAAUACACACAUAUAUACAUACAUAUAUAGAGCGACAAAACUGUCGUGGAGAGAGAGAGGAAAAAAAAUACACCCCCGACGGCCGACCUCCCAUUUCCGCCCUCCGCUGCCAUGAGAAUCCGUAAACACGCCAAGCUCGUCGGCCGCUCCUUAACCACCACCACCACUGCCGCCGAUCUCACCCCUCAAAGUAGCAGUCGAUUCCACUCUCCUCACGUCUGCCAGCUCAAUCAGUCGCCUUGGGACCUUCUCUCCUUCGCUCCCGAUUCCCCUUCUUCUCCCUUCCAAGUGGAUGGAGGAGAAAGUAAUUAUAAUGCAAAUGGAAGCUCAGCAAAUUCCAUCGGAGCUGCCGAGAGCGAGGCUUCGAUGAAAAUAUCGCUGAAUGUCGAGGACAAAAAUGUCAGUAAUUAUAACCAUGGGAUUGAGCUAGGGUUUAGGAAUGGCGGAACGAUUUUGUGCUGUAAAACCAAUGGGAAGAGCUGGAAAUGUAAAAAGGAAGCUUCGAAAGGGCAUUCUCUUUGUGAACACCAUUUGGCUCAUCAGUUGAGAGAUUACGACAGCUUGCCUGCCCACCCUUCUGCAGCUGCGAAGAAAUUGGAGAAGCCAGUCGCCAUCGCCCCAAUCCGCCGCCGCGGUCGUCCCAGAAAAGUACAAGCACCGCAUCCUCCCUCGCCCGCAGCGGCGAACCCAUAUGAAUUUUACUACUAUUCUGGGUUCGGCCCGCGGUGGGGCAAGAAGAGAGGUGUGUCGUCGCAUGUGCCGAAGCCGGAUAGAGCUGAGAAGGAGGGGAUUGUUAGGGGAAUAGUCCCACAUUCCUCCUUAGCACCAUCGUCGGAAAUCGAGAGUGAUGAAUUUGAUUACGUUGAAGACGAGGAGGAGAAAAAUAAUUUGAAUGUGAAGAAGAUGAGAAGAGGGAGGAAACCGAUCAAGGCUAGGUCGCUCAAGUCUCUCAUGUGAAGGAAUUACUAAUGUGCUGGGCUUUCUGGGUUUGUUUUUGGUAAAAACUUCUGACUUAACAAAUGUGGUUGAAUUUUUUUUUGUGUUUGUUAAAGUUGAAGUUAGGGUAAAGUUAGUAUUUCAUUUUUCUACUACUUCGUUUGGUUGUGUGGUUUUUGAGAUGGGUGAGGAUAGCAUUUCCCCGUAUCAUGACAUCACAUGUAUACGAUAUUUGGGUCGUGUUCUUGGAAACUUAUUUGUUUAGAAUUUAUUUCAGUAGUUUUUAUUUUUCGUAA